UCUGUUGCUGCUGAGUAAGAGGGUAUGUGCCACGGCUCAGACCCUGAGUGACAGGUAUUGACCCGCCCAACCAAAAGACGUCUCUGUGGGAACGCUAUUGAUUAUUGCCACAGCAAUAAAGGUCCCGGAAGCCUGUGAGAAUGUCAGGACUCUGUGCUGCCUGAACCAGACCGGGUCCCAACACCAAACACAAAGACAGAAACAUUUCUUCCACUGACACGUCCUAACCUACAGCCUUUAACUCUCUCACGCUAGCUAAAGGGCUCUUACUGGGAGGAGAAAAGAUGAAAGACGAGAUUGGUGACAUGGUGAAAUGUGCAUUUGUUUGAGGGUGGCAUGCAUGAGCAGACCAUAAAAUAUAUUUAACCUUUUGUCUUUAGCUGUAUCAAAAAGAUUCUUUGGUCUAAAGUUGGAGCUUUUGGUCGUUUAGAUGUUUGUUGUCACUGCUUGUUAUAAAAUGAAUGAAAGUAAAUGGAAACACCUCAAAAUUAUUAUUAUUAUUUUUAAAAGUGUUUCUAUUUUAUAUAGACAGAAUUAUAAAGGAUAAAAGUUGAAAUUAUAAUGGAUAGAAUUAAGGGAAUUUUCCUCAGCAGCGUCCUGCAAUAAACUGAUUUUUCUUUUUGCAUGAAGGGCUGUGCAUCAUUCACAACAAGUGCAGAGGAGAUAGAUUGCUGUUAUGGCCCAUUGAAGUAAAAUACUUGAGUGUUAUGUAAGCCAAAAAAACCUGCAUGGUAAGUGCCAAUAAAUUCAAUACAGGUAGAAAUGAAUGGAGGUUAAUGGUAAAUAUCUUUUUGACAAAAAAUACAACAGAAAUUCAUUUCAGCCUUUUUUCAUCAUAAACACAGUAGAUUAUUCAGGAUUCUGCAGGAAGAUGCAUUAAAGUUCAGUUUCCAAUUGGUAAUUUUUAGUGUGUUAAAUAAUAUCCAUUUAUUUCCAUUAAUUUUGAAGAAUACCACAGCAAUCUCCAUGCUCAUUAUGUUACAGCCGCACAAACGAGUACAAAAAUACCUGCAUGUAUAUGGACAACAACUGGCACCUUCGUAAAGUCUUACUUAAAGUUUUAGACAUUUUUCUUCAGAUUUUUCUGCCACAGAGUUAUGAUGAAUUUAAGUCAAUGAAAUAUUUCUAACCACAAAAAAAAGCACAGUUCAGAUUCACUCUUGAUAAUACAACAAAUUCUCUGGAUCAACAAAGAUGACAGCAGUAAAAACACAUCUUAAUAAAAUAUUGUGGAGAUUAUUUCUUGUGUUUUGAGUGACAUUCACUCAUAUUUGAAAGAAAGCAGAAAUUGCAUAUCAGUGCAAUCUCAGUGUCUGAUUCUUAAAAACAAACUCUCAAUGAACCUGGAGGCCACUAGAAAUAAUGAAAUAUAUGUUUUUAAUUGGGAUUUAGCUUAACAAACCAUUUAAUCAAAACCACACCAGCUCAUGCCUCAAAACCUGCAGUUUAUCGACUUUUCUCACUUUCUCUCCAACAAUCUGGUCAAAACAAUAAAGAUUUUCUUUUGUCAUUCUCUGCUUCUCCCUCUGUCCCACUUUCACACACCCCCUCACACAAACGCCAUCUCCACCCUUGACCUCGCUGUGAAAAGUUAGUGUGCCCGAGGUUGAACUCUCCCAGAUCUGCCACAGCCACAAAUGCUGGGAAAGUGGCCCUGACAUACAUGCAUGCGUGCGUGCGUUUGUGUGUGAGUUGGACAACACUUGGGGUGUCAUGAAUAGGAGAGAUUUGACCCUCAACCCCCCUGACCUGUCCACACAAACGGCCCCCUUUAACCCAUCCCUGCUAUUGUCAACCAAGACGGCUUUCGUUUAUUCACACAGGCCACCAGAAGAGCCAAAAUUCAUUAUAUACCACUUUGCUUAUUAUUUCCAACCAACAUUUAUGCCCCUUCUUCUUUUCUAGCUGCCUCUUUCUAUUUUUCCCACUCCCAUCACCACUCUUUGCUUCUUUCACAGCCUCUUUCCUUUCAACCUCAACUUCUGAUCUUGAAUUUUCACUUGAGAGUCAAACUGCAGGAACAUCAAUGCCAAAAUAUUUGCAUCAUUGAAUUUAAUAGGUGUUCAACUUACUCACUUCUCAGCAAAAAUAGACCCUUCAAAGUUUCAGCUGAUAAAAAAUCAAAAUUGUCUUUUGCCUGAAUUGAUAUCUUCAAUGUUUGUUACUUGUAGAGAGCAUUUGAAAAACUGUCUCAAUAACAGCUUUGACUAAUUUGCAUUCACAGCAGUUGAUCCUUACAUGUAAUUAAUGGACUUGAUUGCUAGAAAUGGAUGGUUCCCUUUAACACUGGACUGGUUUGGAUUAUCCAUGUCAGACAGGUAAGGCACCGCAAAUGUGUUCAUAUAGCACAUUUAAGUAAAAAGCUAACUCAAAGUGCUGCACACAAAAUGUCAAACAGCAGAGAAAUGUACCAUAAACGGCAUUGAAAAUCUGAUUUAAGUCUAAGCUAUUAAAAAGAGGAGAGGAGGUAUAAUAAAAACAACUAAAAUAGAAGUUAAACCUGACCAGAGUACGACAAGGAAAAAAGAAAAAUCUCUGGAAGCCAAGGUUGUUCUUUCUCAGCACGUCUGACAUUGGGUUUGGUGUGUCUCAGGGAAGUGUUCUGGGUCCUCCUCCUUUUUAAUUUUAUGCUCAGCUAGGUAAAUAGCUUGUCUUCUGACCCCAACAAUAUUUCCUUGAAUAACUGAACUAUAUGCAUGUGUGCAUAUAUAUGAUUACGGACUGAUAGACAUGUUUGAUCAUGUUAUAAUUAACCAUUGUUUCUCUCAUUAUGAUGUUGAAUUCAGUGCUGGAGGAUGUAAUCUAUCUAAAUAGAUAAAUCAGUCCAGGUUAUUUCCUCACAGUCUUUCAACAGAUGGAUGUUGUCUACUAAUGCUGGGAUUUUAUAAAUGAUAGAUUGGGAUUUCCUUGUUCUUGAUUUCCCUGGAACCAGUCUUUACAAAGAGGUUUUUCAAAGCAGUCCUCAGCGACCUCCAGGGGUCAUUCAAGAGGUUCAAGGUGAGGCCCUGCAGCGAAACCUAAGUGAACACUUGUGUUAAUCCCCCAUGUUAAAGAACACAAUAGGAAGUGGAGACUGAAGAUGCAAAUAUGACCUUAUUAGAAAGAGACGUUUUAGUAACAAAAAGUUGUUGACCCCAGGAAUGAUAUGUAACAGAAGCUGUUUAUGAUGGACCUUAUCUGUGCAUCCUUAUUUACAUCUUGAUCUUAGAACCUUGCUCCUUAAGUAAGUGACCAAACAUACAUUCUAUCACCCUACUCCUAAACACAACCCAACUGCUUUGCCUGCUCCUGAAUCCUCCACUCAGGUAUGGAUUUUCUAAAGCCCACUCAGGGGUACGUAAAUAAAAGAGGCAUCUUUUGACCCUUUUAUUAACUGAGGAACUACUCUCUGUUUUAUGAGUACUUGCUUAACAAUGGAUUCAGUGAGAGCAGCAAACUCUGAAGCCUCUUAAGGCUAUAGAGCUGUAAUAAAUAAAGCCAGAGUGCAAAUGGAAAAUGACAAAUUACAAGUUGUAUUUAAAAUUCAAAAGGCCUCUUGGCUAAAUACCGGGAAGGAACACUUCAGUGUGGCUCUUAUGAACCAUCAUGACUCUGCUCACCCACUGAUCAGUCCUCCUUUGAGCUUUAUUUGAAGUCACUCAAACGCUGACUAGUCUUCAACAUAUCAGGCCUUUAGCCCUAUAAUGCCUGAAACCACAAAUUAUGGCCAGAAAAUUCAAAUUUUUGGAGCUGAAAUGUUUAUUUCACUUACUACUGAAAAACAAAAAAAUCAAAAUGUCCUUAAAAUCUUACAAAUGUAUUUAUUUAUCUCGUUUGAUACAGUAGAUGUUUUUGGAAACUGAUAAACCACAAGAGAACAUUUUAAUAAUUUAUCAGACUGUGUUAAGGUGUCUUUUUUUUUUUUUUAGAAAUUUGUUGAUCAUAUUGAUUGAUAGAUGUAUUAUGUAUCAAAUAUGAUAGAAAAGGCAAUAAAGGGUCAGUUUGUUGCCAUCUUAGAUAUGACAUGGUGCUAUUUAAAGACAGGUCAGUAAAUGCUAAAGGCAAGAACCCAUUUUCACCCUCAGUAAGAACACAAAAUACUCCUGACAACAAACCUUAUAGUAGGUCUAUACUGAUGAAUACACCAUUUCACUGCAUUAACCAAGAAAAACCAUAAAACUUACACAGACGUCCAGGUGAAGGAGAAGGCUUUCUCUUGGAGGAAACCUCCCUCUGCUGGCCAAUCUGUGUAACUGCAACCAGAUAGAAAAUCCACUCAUAUAAGAAUGUAUUAAAUUGGCUUUUUUGUAUUAGAAUCAUAUUUUAGCUUCAUUUUUCUUACUGUUUUAGAAAUGUGUGUUAUAUUCAUGAUGAAUCCCACAAAAUUUUCAAUCUAAACACAAAAUGCAAGCUGAAAGAUACACCCCUGUGUAAAAGUAUACCAAGUUAUACAGUCUCCAUGUGUUAAUGACUCUUUGUUUUUGCUUUCAAUGACUGCUAACUCGGUGUUUUAUUAUUUCCAUCCGUCACAGUGGUGAAUUGAUUUACUCCUGUCUCUUCUUGCAGGAUGUUUCAUGCUACACGUCAUUGCUUUCCCACUAUGUCACUACUCUCCACUGAGAUUUACUCUGAGCUUCAAUCCGGCUAAAUCACGCCAAAUCACGCCUUCACCUCAUCUUUUUGGAUGUCCUGUUAUCAGACUUUACUUGUGUAAUGGACCCAAAGCGGAAGUUGUCAUUUAAACCUCUCUCGUAACUUUGAGUUUGGAUUUCUCGCUGGAAAAAGCGACUAGCUCUGAGGAGAAAGUAGGGGGGUUGAAGUUUUUUGGGAAAGCCCUCUUUUCUCUGGGAUUGCUGACGCGUCCUGCGUUACGAAGCUCUGAGUGGACUCGCAGCCCCUUUUCAGCUUCUUCCACCAUGUUUCUUUACUUUCUAGCUUUAAUGGUCUUUCUUUCACCGGCUGAGUGCUACUUCUCGGAGGAAAAGUACCCAGAGGAGUCGAAAAUGCAACCUCCGACCGUGGUCGUCGCGAUAAUAGCCCGAAACACUGCUCACUCCCUGCCUUACUACCUCGGAGCACUGGAGAGACUCAACUACCCCAAAGACCGCAUCUCUGUGUGGUGGGUUUCCUGCAUGGACUCUGCAUGCUCUGCCAGACUGUUUGUAGAGAGAGGGGUCUCCUUUUUAUCCCACUAUAGCAGCCGUUCAAAAGGUCAAUGGCAUUUAAAUGAGUUGGUGAAAGCAGCAGCUUACCACCCCUCCCCUGUUCUCUCUGAGCCUCUCACACUGCAGGCUGCUGCACUCCAACACUUCACUUCCUACUGUGUUUUGUGGGUUCGUUUUUAAUGCUGUGAAGUUUCUUCUGACUAAUUUGCUUUCUCAGAUGUAAUUUCAAUGAGGUAAUCAGUACACACUGACUGUUAGUAUCCACAGGUAGAGCUGUUCACCAUAUAUCUCUGUGGUGUGCUUACAUGCAGUUUAUGUGCCAUUAACCAACCCUGAUCUCAUUUAAAAUCUAUUCCGCUUGUUUGUCUUGAUGAACUUCCAUCUAACAAGAGAGAUUAACAGUUGCUAGAUUGCCUAAUAGUGCACAGUAGAGCUUGGUAAUCAGAUAAGACUGAUUAAUUGUAUUUAAUGAUGCAACAUUAAAAAUGUGGUGUUAUGCAUUGUGAUGAGUGGUAAUAUUGAUGCAGGGUUGUGAUUUGAGAAUCCUUCCCAAAUGGGGUUUGAACCGCUUAUAAGUAACUCAGUUUAUGAUGAGGUCGCCCCCUCUGAACAAAUCUCAAAUGUGUAAGCAGAGCUGUUAAAAUUUCAGAGCAGCCAAAAAAUAAAAAAAAUAAAAUAAAAAGAAGAAAUCCCAACAAUGAUUUUCUUCCAGCAAAAUUUAUGUGUAACUUUUGAGAAAACACUAAUGUUAUCUAUCAGGUCAAAGAGGGGCAAGCCAAGAAUGGAUUGGCAUGUUACUCUAAAAAUUUUGCCUUAAUUAAAUAUCUAUCUUUACAAAAUAUCCUCCUCUCUCAUUUGAAAGGUUCAAUAUGUUCCUAUUGUGGAUCUACUUCUUGAGAAAUACUAAACUCUGCUUCUCUUCAACUUUUUGUAGGUCACUUUGUCCCCCCUGAACAGCCGUUUCAGGCAUAAAUAACACAUAUGCAGGAAUGAUCUAUCUUGUUGCUACUCGUUUUUUUGUUACUCAUACAGUAUUCAGUGUGAUAACCAGCUCCAUACUCCUCACACAGGCUUUAAUUUUACAGCACAAUAUUCUUCAUAUCAUACUAAGUUGUCUGGAAACAGUUGAAAAAUUUCUAAUGUAAGAUGUUCCCAGACUAGAGUGUCUGAUUUUAGUUAUCCCAGCAGAUUCAAUACCAGAUCAGCUAGAUAGCUGAUGUCAAUAACCUAAAAUCAGAGUAUAUCAAAUAGUUCCCCAAAUUGAUUUACAUUCAAGGCCAAGAAGACGAAUAUAAGAGAUGUCACAGUUGGAUUUUCAUUUUUGGAUUUCCCCUGCUAUUUAUCAGACAAACACUAACAUUAGUUAGUUAACCUGUUUUUCCACAGAGUAUAAGUUCACAGAGAUGAAAGUUGUGGCUCUGAAGCAGAGGUAAAAAGGUGUUGAGGGUUGAUCCCGAUUUCCCGAUUACACACAGAGACUGAGUCGCGAUGAAAGUGACAGUGGGGAGCAGUUCCUCUUCUUAUAUUGUGGUUCUUGAUGUUUGGACCCUCAAUACUUUUUGAAAAAUCACAAGUUAAAGGGAAUGUUCCCAUCCGUUAAGAGUAAGUUGCUGUUGUACAUUAACUUGACGCUAUGUUUCUCUGCGCUCUUCAGGGCAGCAACAGAUCACAACACAGACAACACCACAGCCAUACUGAAGGAGUGGCUCACUGUGAUGCAGAAGUUUUACCACUAUGUCGAGUGGAGACCCAUGGACAAGCCCACGUAAGUCCUAAUUAUACGGCCGUUAUCUAACACUGUUGACGAAAGGAGCGUAUGGUUUGAUCCUGUAAACAAAUCUCAGCCAGAUCACUUCAGCAGCUGUAUUACUGCAAAAAAACUUUAUCUUUUUAUUUUAUCAGGAUCACAAUCAGAGAGCUCUUCAAGUGUCAUAAAGUUGGCAAUAAGUUGAAUUUAUCAACUGGGGGUAAAUAAGUAAACGUGCAAACCAAACCUGCACUUAAAGCACUGCUCUUUCUCACUCUGUCUAUUGUCUGACUCACUGUGAAAAGGUAACAACACACACUGAAUAGCCUUUAAAUCUGUAGUUCACUGAUUCGUCAUGGUGGAGCCUCUGUUCCUAAAGAUAGCACCAUUUUCAGUUCACAUAAUGGGGAAUGAUGCAGCAUGCCUAAGCUUGUCCACACCUGUAACUAUGUGUGGGCAUCCAUCUUUUUAAGCUCAUCAGUUUAGCUGUGUUUUGAACUGUGUAAAAGACAUACACAAAAUUUAUUUGGGUAAUCCUCCCAAAUAGAUUUAUCUUCCCUCUGAGGUUUUUAUUUAUUUAUUCAUUUUUAGGAUGUGCAUGAAAACAAGUCUUCUUUUGUAAGUUUGGAAAGCUGCAGUUCACAUAAGGACAACAAUAAGCGGUGCCUGCUUUCUCUGUCACAGGUCAUAUGCAGGAGAGUUUGGUCCCAAACACUGGCCAAACAGCAGAUAUGAGUAUGUGAUGAAGCUGAAGCAGGCAGCGCUUAACUUUGCCAGAAAACGCUGGGCCGAUUACAUCCUGGUGAGCGCUGAAAUAAUCUUUAUUCUGACAGCAUUGUGGGAUUGAUCUUGGUCCUUUCUCCUGUUUUAUCUGAUGAAAGCUGUCCUCCCUUCACUGCUCUAGUGUCAUCCAAGAACAAGAUUUGGCAACGAUCGUUCCCACGAACAUCACUCAUCUAAUUUUUUCACUCUUUCGUCUGUUUCCUUUGUGUCUCUGUUUCAGUACGCUGAUACAGACAAUAUCCUCACCAACCCAGACACUCUCAACCUGAUGAUAGCAGAGAACAAGUCUGUCAUUGCUCCCAUGUUAGACUCUCAGGGAGCGUACUCUAACUACUGGUGUGGUAUCACUCCUCAGGUGAGUAAAAACAUAGUCCCUUACAUAUUUAAAUGGUCACACUGCUGAUCCUAAUCCGCCUCCUCUCUGUCUCAGGGAUAUUAUCGUCGAACGGCUGAAUAUUUCCCCACACGACACCGCCACAGGCUGGGCUGCUUCCCUGUGCCGAUGGUUCACUCCACCAUGCUGCUGGAUUUAAGGAAGGAGGGCAUGAAAAAACUGGCCUUCUUCCCUCCUCACGAUGACUACUCAUGGCCUUACGAUGACAUUAUUGUGUUUGCUUUCUCCGCCCGGGCUACAGGUCUGUAACUGCUCAUUUAUUGUCAUAUCUGUAUAGUUUCAUCCACUUAAAGCUCCUGUUAGUAAUUUCACCUGUGAACAUUAACAUUAACGCCUCUAUAUGAGCUUUAAAAAGCAAACUUAGACAAUCAGCAUUGAAACUGACUGUAUUUUAUUUAAAGCUUCAGUCGGGAACUUUUAUUUAUGUUUAUUUUGUGGCGCCCCCUGUGGACGAAAUGGUACCUCUUAACUAUGUAGAAGUCUUAACAAAAAAAAAAACAUACCAUGCACUAUUUCAACAAUAAAUUGUAUCACUGACUGUUCUAAUGGGAAAUGUAAAAACAGGCUAUUAGGAUAGUAUGCAGGUAAACAGCUUGAUUGGCACCUACCCCCCUACCAGCAUUUUUAGGCAUUAAAACUAACCAAAAAGAAAUAAUUAAACUUGUUACCAAUGGUCUUGUUCACUUUUGUGGGUCAUAAAGAGGCAUCAGUGUUAAUUUGGGUCCACUCUGUAACCUGAUAAAAACUCCACACAGGAGCUUUAAUGUAGAAAUAAUUAUAGCAUCAAUUAUGUUUCUACAAUAAAUGCUGGACUCACAGGGGUAGGCGUCAGGUUGAUUGACAGGCUACUGAAGAAAAAACACUAUUUUAAACAUUUUUACGCUGCAUUUAUUCUCAAAAAAACAUCAGAAAAAAUCUGAAUUUAUUUACCCAUGUUCAGAAAAGGUCAACAAAGAGACAAGAGGUGGUGCUUGGUCCACAGGGGACACUAAGUUUGAUACAAUCCAGAAAGUUCUCCAUUCCAGGAGCUUUAAAGGCGAUAAAUGGAAAUCAUUGUGGAAAUAUCUUGUCCGUUAGUUUUAAGGUUAUGGAUUUAUUCCUGUACAAUUCCCAGAGAUACAGAUGUACCUGUGUAACAAGGAGCGUUACGGCUACCUGAACGUCCCGGCCAAACCUCACCACACUUUGGAAGAUGAUCGUCUCAACUUUGUCCAUGUGCAUCUAGAGUCCUUGAGUAAGAGCAACCAAAAUAUGAAACACAGAUAAAAAAGGAGAGAAAUUAUUUUUCAUUUUGGUAGAUUUAUUGGUUUAGCUUAUUCUGCAUCUUCUCUCUUUAUCAGUCGAUGGUCCUCCAAUGCAGCCGUCUCGCUUCGUGCACAUGUUCCCCAAAAAGAGAGACCUCAUGGGUUUUGAUGAGGUAGGAAACAUCCCGUUUGGUUUGAAUGUUGCUACAGUUUAGGAGAAUAAUCUGUUGUGAUUCAUUACAAACUGUUUGAAUAGAAAAUUACUUUUUUUCUCAGCCAACACAGUGUUUUUAAUAACAGUAAGAAAAACAUUUUCCUCAUCCAACCUUCUGGACCUAAAAGUCUUCAGUGAUCAUAACAAGUGUGUUAAAUUCUGUAGCUGGGUCAGUCUAAUAGCUUCAACAGAGACAAAAACGUUUAAACUUUUUAUUUCCAUUUUCAUGUUUUCCGUUUUUAACUGAUUGUUCUUUAGUAUUUCUCAGGCUUUUGUUUUCUGCAUAUGUUGCAUCCAAAAAUCCUUAAUUUCCCAUCAGCUCUUUGAAUCCAUAUUGCUCUGGUUGUUCCUAAUUCUUUACACAUCUACUGUUUGAGACCAUUUCAUCCAAUGAUGAUAUCACUGCUGGUUUUUGAAUUGGAUUAAUAAUCACAAGCAGUAUAGAUCUCUACACAUAGAUCUCCCUAUAAAGCCUCUGUAGCUCAUGGCUUUAUCAGAUCACUUAAGUAAUCAAAGGGAUUGUAAAAGUGGCACAGUUGACUGUUUUAGCAAAAAGAUAAAAAUUUUAAGCUCACUCAAUUCCAAGGAUAUGAAAAACAGCAAAUCCAAACUUAUGAAGUUCAUACAUCAUUGUAAAACGAAGAGGAUCAGUGUUAAGAUGUUAAAGAAGUGAUUUUGGGGAUGAAUUACAAGGAUUUCAAGUACGAAGAUUCACAGCUGUUUUCUUGGACAUCAGUAGAAAAGUUUCCAUAAGUGCCCAAAAUUGAGGGGUUGCAGAAAAAAAUGCACGGGUUUGUUGUUUUAAAAGAAUUCUUUAAAUCAAAACACUCCAACUUUUGGAGUGACAGUUUAAUAAAGAAGUCAUUUCCACACACAGCACUGUACAGCUGCAAACAAAGGAAGAGACCGAGAUCAAGCGGGGUCUAUUAUUAGUGCAGGUGUGGUGUUACAGGUGAAGGCUUUUGUCUGCCUGCCUGAUUCAUGGUGGGAGUGGGGAUUUUCAACAGCAAGGCCACCAUUAAUUACGUUUUAAAGUGGUUCUUACAUGGUUUGUAUGGAAAUCCUGCUUUAUGCCUGUUUGGCUCCUUCUCACGUUGACAUCUGCUUUUGAUUUGAUACGGAACACAGCUGUGCAGGGACGAGCGAAAGGAAUUCAUCUUGUCAUGCAGCUUUCAGUAUUCAGAGAGUGAAGCUAGAUAUUAGAUUAGAAAUGAACUGAUCAACACGUUACUCACAAUUUGGAGUUUACAGAUUCAUGCAGAUGUUUGUCCUCUCUCCUCAGAUUUUCCUGAUUAAUCUCAGGCGCCGUCAGGACCGCCGAGACCGCAUGCUGUACUCUCUAAACGAGCUGGAGAUUGACGUGAAGGUGGUGGACGCUGUGGAUGGAAAGUGAGUCCACACUCUUUAGUUCACAGUUCCGUGUUGUUGAAAAGUGAAAUAUCGAGAAAAUCCCGAUGACAACAAUGUAUCAAUUAUGACUUAAUCUACCUCCUGUUACAUCAACCAUUGACUUUCACUGCAAAACAACUGCAAACCCUUUUACUUCUCAUCCUGAUUUGGUUUUUGACUCAUUGACACUAACCCGUUUCCAUCUUUUAUUUGAUUCUUUACUUCCGUCUUUCUGUUCCUGCACUUUUACUGCUGUCUGCCUCAAAAGACAUUACGAUUUGUUCAAUAAUCUCAUAGUUCAUGAUUUUACUGUAGGCUCAUGGUUAAUUUCUAAUCACAUGAUAAGAAAAAUGGGAAAGAGAGAAUCUAUGCAUCAAUAAAUCUUACUUUAUUGUUGUGUGCUCUGUGCAUGUGCACAAUCAGGGUAUUUCUUAUUAAAGUGUUGGUGGAGCUGCACCAACAUGUUUCUGUCUUGUGUAAAAGAGAUAGACGUUGACCAUGUUCAGUGUGUAUUAAGGUGUUGUUUUUGUGUGUCUGUGUAGUGCUCUGAACAGCAGUGAUAUUAAGAUCUUGGGUGUGGACCUGCUGCCCGGCUACUACGACCCGUUUUCAGGUCGCACACUGACCAAAGGAGAGGUGGGCUGCUUCCUCAGCCACUACUUCGUCUGGAAGGAGGUGAGAGGAUACAUACCUACGUCUUUUUAAACUACAACUAAAGCCAAAUCUACUGAAAACAGAAUACAACACAAUCCAAGCCUGGUAUAGCAACAGGUAUCCUGUAUGUGAUCCACUCCAACUCUUCCCUUGCUGUCUGUUCAGCUUCUUUUAUGUCCACACUUUGAGAAAAGGAGCUUCACCAUAAUAAUGAUUUAAACAGCUUCCCCUUCACAGUUAUCACAUUCACUGAAUUCUACCAUAUUUCUCAGUGCAGUCAUUUCCCUGGAUUUCCAUUUGUUUUUACUAGAGCAGUGUUUUUGUACAAGAGCUGAAGGGGAGGAUGUAUGUGUUUGGCUGCUGAGUUGAAGAAUCACCAAACUUUUUCCAGAAUCAUUUUGGACCAAUACAAAGACUUUUUUUUUUUCUGUGGGAUCAAGUCAACUUCAUUUUUGCCCUUUAUAUUUUGACUUAUGUGACCAUAACGCAUAUUCUGUGAGCUGCAAAAGCACAACAAGCAGAAACGGCUCAGCAGCAUGCCCAGUCAUGGUUUGCUCUACGACAGUGACUAAAAGGUUGUUUUUGGCCUUUAUUGAGAUAAGAGAAGAUAAGAUACUCCUUUCUUAGUCCCACAAGAGGAAAAUCCGAAUUUACAGUUCAUCCUUUCCAAGAAACAUACAGUAGACAGACACAUACAGAUGAGGACAGUAGAUAGGACAGGAAGACUUCCUGUGUAAUGCCUAAACCACUGGACUAGUUUAUGUUUUUUAGAAAAAAAGUUAAACCUCAAAAAAUGAAACCAUCUGUCCUUGUGUUUUAUUCUAACCCUAUAAAAAGAGAAAAAAACAUUUUAUGUUUUUUUGAUGUAAAAAUGUUUCAGUUAGGGAUUCAAUAACUUGAAAAAUGAACCAAAAUGGAACUUUUAUCAAACAAGCACAUAGAGUACACCGUCUUCUCAAGACUCUGUUCAUUAAUCUUCGACGCUCUUCAUCUCUGUCCUGUCUUUUAGUCACUAUCACUUCAAAAAACCAAAAUUGUUCUUCGUUUCAUUCCUGAGCCUUCUCUGGCUACAUUUUCUUUUGUGCAUCUUCUUCACAGAUGGUGGAUAUGCAGAUGGAUAAGGCGCUGAUCUUUGAAGACGACGUUCGUUUCCAGGCAAACUUCAAACGGCGAGUCCUCAGACUGUUGGAGGAGGUGGAGCAGGUGGAGCUGGACUGGGACAUCAUGUAAGCUCAACAUGUCUUAUUUGAUCUGCAUUUGCUUUCCAGUGUUUCUGUGUCUGCAGUUUCCUCAAGACAAAGAGUUGCCUGUUAGUUAUAGUAGUAGUAUUUUAGCUGAACCCCCAGCUGUUACAAAGUGCAGAGACUGAUAAAGAUAAUUUUAAAAUAUGGUUGAAAGCAGAGUUAGAUAGAAGUCUCUGGUGCUUUUCCAGCCUCUCAUAUAAAAGUUUUAAGGACAGGCAGCCGUGGUGGUCAUGAAAGCAUUUUAAAAGUUUGAAUCAGCAGGAAAAGGGGAAAAAUGACCAACCUCUUUUUCUGUUUUGUGGUUCCUGUAACUCUCUAAAAUGGGUAACACUCACAUGUUGAACAAAUGCUACAAAAAAACUGAUACCGCAGGCAAAUUAAACCAAAAACAUGUGGCAACAAAAGAAUCAUAACUCGCACCAGAUUUCACCACUCAGCGGUUUCUUUUCAAUCUUCUUCUUCUUUUUUUCUAUUUCAUCAUGGCUUUAUAUUUCUCCAGAUACUUGGGCAGAAAACAGGUGAAUCCUGGGAAAGAGCAGCCGGUGGAGAACGUUCGGAAUUUGGUGAUGGCAGACUACUCCUAUUGGACUCUGUCCUACGCGAUCUCACUUCAGGGAGCCCAGAAACUGCUCAACGCUGAGCCACUGUCCAAGAUGCUCCCUGUUGAUGAAUUCCUCCCCAUCAUGUAUGACAAACAUCCAAAGUAAGUAGACAGAGCUCUGCAUUACUUGUUUAAAUCAAUUUCAUUAUCGUUUUGGUAGCUUUAAGGCUCAACAGCCUCUCCGUGCUGCCAGACCCAUAAAGGCAAAACUGACCUCAGAAGUGCUAAAUGCAUUCUGCCCUAUAUCUGCAUGAACUUGUAUAAUGUCCUAAAUUUAGCCAAGUUUUUUAUAGCAUAAGUAGAUUAAAGAACAGUGGUAAGAUCUGAGGUCUGCCUCUCCUCCCGUUUCUCUGAAAAGAAAGUCACUUUAGGCCGUAAUCUCUAUUCCUGUCAGUUAAUGUAGAUGGUGUGCAGUAAAAAAACACACACUAUGUUUUAAAGUACAUCUUACAUCUUUCUGAGGAGAUGUUUUCUAUUUUAAACAGAUUUCACUGUGGUGUCUGGGAUUGAGUCUCUGAAUUAUAGCUAACUUUUUAAGGUCAGAGUGUGUUUACCAGAUAGACCUGAACAGCUAAAAAGAGGAUUCAGAUGGGGUCGACUUGAACAGAACUCUUACAAGACGGACAUAUUUUUGGUUAUUUGAAGGAUGUUCAUUGGUCGUUUGUAAAACUGUUGAAGGGUAGUGUGCAACAUCUUUUAUCAGAAAAAGAAACACUGAAGUUCAGAGCUUCUGAGAAGAGUUUUGACAGAAAUUGAAAUGUAAACAGUUGCUUCUUUAUGGCCUGAAAAAACAAAUAGAUAGAUAGAGAGAUAAAUACUUUAUCAAUCCCUGCAUGAGAAAAUUCAGUUGUCAUUCAGUAGCAAGUAUGGAUACAAGAAAGACAAUAAAAUAUAUAUAAAAAUACUCUAAAGCCUCCACUCAUCUAAAUCAACAAUGAUUAUUUUAUAAAUGAAUAGCUGCAGGAAUGAAACGUCAGCAAGAGGAAUGAAAUUUCUAUACACAAAUUUUUAUACAAAAAAAAAGAGAGAAAACCCUGUGGGGGUGGAAACAAAGUCUGCUUACGUUCAGAAUGUAUUAUGUGUCCAACCUUCCCUACAUUCCCAUAACUUUCGUAGUGUUUAGACAAAAACUUUUCAUCAUUGGCUUGCUAACUCACUAUGCAAAGACAGACAUCGGGUGCAAUAUUCUUGCUUUGAGUUCACAUUUUUAUGUUUAUAUGGAGAAUUAACACACACCAAAGUAUUUCAUUAAGUGCUGAUACUGGCAGUAGACUAAAACUGAAAAAGAUUACGUACACUUUAGCUCCAUGUUUAACUUUCUUCAAAUUGUUGAUGUUUCAUCUCAUAAUGAUCGACUACAAACCAGAGAACCCGACCAUCAUGACUUGAAAUGGACUGAGUUUAAACUUUUAAUACGGCUGUAGACCUUUGUUCUCUCUUUAUGAUAUUAGUCAGUAAGAGAUGCCAUAAGUCUAUGUUUGUAUUAUCCCAGUUGCUAGCACAGCUCUGAUAAUUACUAUUAUUAUUACAUACGUAAGUGUUGUCAUAUUGUGACAUGUUAUCAUGCAAACAGCUGUUAGCAUGACUGUAGACUCAUUUGCUCAUAGAGUUGUUCAUUGCUUCUUUAAUUGACCUCACAGAGCUGCUGCCGUGGUUUUAGGCUCUAGUCAACUUUCUCUCUAUGCCUGUAUGAGCAUUUUCUUUCUUUCCUCAGCCCCACACAGCUGCUUGAAAGCCUGAUGACUCUUGUUUUUGUUAUUUUCAUCAUGGUGCCUUUACAAAUGUUCAGCCAACUUUGUCUCAAAGCGACAACAACAACAUUUAUGUCUUCUUGAGGUCUGAAAAUGUCCACUGUUCUGUUUUUGUUCCUGCGUAAUAAUCUGUCUCUGUAACCCCUCAGCUCACAUGGUUGUCGUUGUUUAUUGGCUGCGUCCUGAAAUCAGACCACAACUCCAACUCUGACUAAAUGAUCCUUUAAUCUUUUUUCAACCCGAGUUCCUCGUCAUCCCACAGUUUUGACUUCACAGAGUAUCUGAGACCCAGAUGACUGUGAUGAAAUACACCUUGGUCUGCAGGGCCUGCAAACCAGAAGGCUUGGCAGUGUCUGUGUGCUCCGUCAUGUGUGGAAAACUGGCUUAAAGCCAACCCCACUUUCUCUUUUCUCUCUCUUUCUCUCUUACCUCUGUGAGUCUAAUUCGAUAUGCUUGACUAGUUUGCUAAGAAUGCAUCACGACAGCCCACCACACACACCGCACACUGGUCCUGCUGUUGCCCUUCAUGCUUUAAGUUAUCACACUGUGUUUCCAGUAUCAGUCUCUGUCUCAAUUUCUUUUCAAAUAAGACCACUUCAAGCAAAUCACAACGUUUUUAUCCCUUCUUUGCAGGAGUAAAACAAAUAUACUGGCAGUUUUUCCAAAGUGUUGCAAAAAUAGUUCGUAUAAAGUUUUUAAAAAUCGAAUCUUUUUCAUCUUUACCACUGUUUCUCUCUUUGCAGUGAGGACUACAUGUCCCAUUUCCCCAACAGAAACUUACAAGCCUUCAGCACAAGCCCCCUUCUGGUCCAGCCUUGUCACUACGCCGGUGAUCCUGAGUGGGUAAGCGACACAGAAACGUCGACUCUGUGGGAUGAUGACAAUGUGCGCACUGAUUGGAGGGGUUCCCACAAGACCCUGAAAGGGUCCGCACCGCCCGAGAUGCUGUCAGCUGCCUACAGGGAUGAACUCUAGUACGAACAGACGGCGCUGUGGAGAGCCAGCAGUGGGUCAAAGGUCAGAAGGUCAGACAGCGAGAGGCUGAGGAGAGAAAGUGUUCUAUGACUUUAUUUCAGUCCACUCCGUGUCACACCACUGACACGCUGAGGGACACGCAAACUGAGCUCUGGGUUUUUCCAAGCGUGUUAGCGCGUGUUUGACAUGAGGAUUUUUUUAGUAAACAUAAGGGACAGCGACAUCGUGACUGUAAAGAUUUGUACAACAACACUUGUUUCAACACCUGUACAGAUAUCCGAGCAGUUUUUACUUGAAUGUGCAAAACAAAUAACCUUGUCUUUAAUGUAUUGAUCUCUGAAUUUCACCAUUUGCGCAUGUCUUCUUUUGUUAUUGUUAAAAGACAGAAAAACUACACAGAAAAAAUUAUUUCCAUGGCUUCAUUCGCAUAUUUAAAACUACGGUACCUCAUAGAUUUUUCAUAUCCAGCAGGAGAAUCAUCAUCAUCACUUUAAUUGUUGUGUUUGCAGGAGCUGUAAUCUUUCUCAAAUCUCUAAAAAAGCAUAUUACACAGUCUAUCAUGAUAUAAAAGGUCCAUCCAAGCUCUAAACCAAACAAGUACCUCAGGUAGUCAAAAACACAUUUGCAUAAUUUGUCACGCUGUCAACAUGAUGUUGUGGAGUAAAUUCAGUCUACCUGCAGGUAAGCACUGAUCUGGUUGUUGCAGAGUGCUGCUACUUCAUUAAAACAGAACUGCCUCUUUUCCUGUGAAAAAUCACCCCACAGGUGUAGCCGAGCUCUACAGCACUUGAGCGAACUGUCUUUAAUGCAUCAUAGAGACCCUGAAAGCUGACAAUGUGGUGACUCUUUCUGCACAGGUUUGAAAUGCAAGUGUGCUGAUAUGAAUGAUUUCGCUCUGAUGUCUGGAUAAAGUCACUCUGACCUUGUGUUACAAUCAUCAUCUGGUAUUAGUGCCUGCUUUUUCAAGUGUUGUUCUCUUUUUUUCUUAUUUAUUUGUAAAGUCUUCUUUGUUAUUCAUUGAUUUAUAAAAAGAAAGACACAAUGCAAAUGGUGAAAGUGCAAUGGUUUAUAUAACAAAUCCUCUCUUUCCAUUUCUACAUGUCUUCAAUGUUGUAAAACCAGAUGUUUGGACAAUUGUGAAGACUUUUUAAGCCUUAAUAAAAAAUGUUCUUUUUUUCUAAUUUUCCA